CUGUCAAUGGUCAGAAUGGUCACACACUCCCAGAGAGAAAGCAGGUGGGGAACCAAAUCUAACGAACCCCCACGCGUCGAGAAUUUAUAAGAUACCUUUUGGGAUGUUCAACACAUCUCAGGCGCCUCCGACAAAGCAGCGCCAAACCGAUACGAGCGGCGAAGAAAUCCGGGGGGAGAUACCGAAAGCGAAAUUACACAAAAAAUAUUUGGAAUUUAAUUAAAUUUUUGAAAAGAAUAAUUCGUUGAAAAGAUUUCAAAUUUAAUUAAUUUUCAAAUUGGGUGCUACCUUUUGCUGGUUGAAGUGGAAUUGGACGCUUGAAUUCAGCUGGGGCCUAUAAAAAGGAGGGAUACGCUGGCAGUUACUGAUAUCUCGGAAGCAGAGGAGGAGGCGGAGCCAGCGGAGGAGGACGGGGAAGAGCAGAUAACCAUCACCGAGUGGCUCCUGGCGGGGCAAGGACAUCCUCAAGAGUCGACUAUGGAUUCUACUAGUGAAGCUCAUUCCGGUUCUAGGAAGGUUCAUGAUGAAGAAAGUACCGAAAUCCCAGAAACCGCUCAUCAGAUUAGCACAGAUUCAUGGUUUCAAGUGGGAUUCGUCCUCACCACCGGUAUCAACAGUGCGUAUGUUCUGGGAUACUCAGGAAAUGUCAUGAUUCCUCUUGGUUGGACCGGCGGUGUGAUCGGUUUAAUUCUAGCCACUGCAAUAUCACUCUAUGCAAAUGCUCUCAUUGCCAAGCUCCAUGAGUAUGGAGGGGUUAGGCACAUCAGAUACAGGGACCUUGCUGGAUUUAUAUAUGGCAAGAAAGCUUACUCUCUGACAUGGGGAUUGCAAUAUGUCAAUCUCUUCAUGAUUAACACUGGUUUUAUCAUCUUGGCUGGUCAGGCACUCAAGGCUGUGUAUGUUCUGUUUAGGGAUGACCAUACCAUGAAGCUACCACAUUUUAUUGCCAUUUCUGGCUUUGUGUGCGCUGUAUUUGCCAUAAGUAUACCGCACUUGUCAGCUCUGAGGAUUUGGCUGGGGUUUUCAACAGUCUUCAGCUUGAUGUAUAUUGUUAUAGCAAUCGUUCUGUCACUUAAAGAUGGACUUAAAGCACCGUCCAGGGAUUAUGACAUCCCAGGGUCAUCAACAAGCAGAAUAUUUACCACAAUCGGAGCGGCUGCUAGCCUUGUUUUUGCAUUCAACACGGGAAUGCUACCAGAGAUACAGGCUACAGUGAGGAAGCCAGUGGUUGACAACAUGAUGAAGGCUCUGUACUUUCAGUUCACCGCCGGUGUUUUGCCGUUGUAUGCCGUCUGUUUUAUAGGUUAUUGGGCAUAUGGAAAUAACACAUCAUCUUAUCUGCUCAACAACGUCAACGGACCGGUCUGGGUGAAGGCGAUGGCCAAUUUUGCUGCGUUCCUGCAAACAGUCAUUGCCCUGCAUAUAUUUGCAAGUCCAAUGUACGAAUAUCUGGAUACAAAGUUCGGCAUCAAAGGAAGUCCACUGAAAAUUCAGAACUUGACAUUCAGAAUCACCGUUCGAGGCGGCUACUUGGCGAUUAACACGCUGGUUUCGGCUCUGCUGCCGUUCCUCGGAGAUUUCAUGAGCCUCACAGGAGCCAUAAGCACAUUCCCCCUCACAUUUAUUCUUGCAAACCACAUGUAUUUGGUGGCAAAGAAGGAGAAGCUGACUUCUGCACAGAAGUGCUGGCAUUGGCUGAAUGUCGGCUUCUUCGGCCUUUUGGCUGUUGCAGCUUUGAUUUCAGCCUUGAGGCUCAUAGCCGUAGACUCCAAAACUUACCACGUAUUUGCUGAUCUAUGAAUAAUUUUCUUCCUCCCCCUCCCCCUUUUCUUUUUUUUUUGCCAUUUGAUCCCACAAUUGUAUUUAAUUUGCUAUUGGCAUUUAGUUACGUCUUUUGUUCUUCAA